AUGGGCUUUAGGAACCUAAGAGCAUUCAAUGAGGCCUUACUAGCAAAACAAGGAUGGAGGCUAAUCACCCAACCAAACUCUCUGGUGACCCAAAUCAUAAAGGCCAAAUACUACCCUAAGGGAGACUUCCUAACUGCAACACACAAGCAGAAUAUGAGUUACACUUGGAGAAGCAUACUACAGGCCAGUUGGGUGAUUAAAAAAGGCAGCUAUUGGACCAUUGGGUCAGGUCAAGAUAUAAAUAUAUGGGAGGACAACUGGAUUCAGCAAAAAGGAAACUCUCCGGGAACCAGCUCCAAACCAAACAAUUGUGGCCUCACUAAAGUUAAGGAGCUAAUGGACAAUAAUUACAAUGAAUGGAAUGCCUCCAUUAUCAAUCAGGUUUUCAAUCCCUAUGAGGCACAUAUGAUUCUCCAAAUCCCUAUCUUGGAUAAGACACAACCGGAUACUCUCACUUGGGAUGGUACUAGGGAUGGCACUUAUACUAUGAAAUCUGGCUAUCAUGCCAUCAUAGACUGGGCAAAUAACUCUAACAGUAAUAAUGCCACCUCUUCAAACUGCUCUAUGGAGAUAUGGAAGGUCUUAUGGAAAUUAAAUGUGGCCCCAAAACACAGUCACCUAAUCUGGAGAAGCCUUAGAAACGCUAUACCAGUAAAAGGAAGCCUCUUCAAAAGAGGAAUUAGAUGUGACCCUCUAUGUCCUCGAUGCUUAGACCAUGUGGAAACUAUCCAACACGUUUUCAUGGAUUGUGAAUGGACCAAAAAGGUCUGGUUUGCAUCCCCUCUAAUCCUAAACCUUAACCUCAAUCAUCUAACGGAGUUCUAUGACUGGAUUACGUACAUGAUAAACAACACAGAUAAAGAGUGCAUGGAAAAAAUAGUGGCUAUCAUCUACGAGAUAUGGAAUGCAAGAGACCAAUUGGUAUUUCAGGAAAAUGACUUACCUCCACAAGAGAUUAGCGUCAUUGCUCUCAGAAGACUUCAUGAGUACCAAACCUAUGGCGAGAAGCAGAUCCCGGUCCAAAACCCUAUGGCCAAGGGUUGCAGUAACAACACACGCUGGAGUCCACCACUUAGGGACAUCCUGAAAGCCAAUGUGGAUGCUCACCUAAGCAGUGAUGGCCAUUGGUUUUCAGGUAUAGUCUUGAGAAGGUCGGAUGGGAGCAUCGUUGGAGCUGCAACACAAAGUCAUAAGGGAUCAAGCGAGAUUUUAAUGGGAGAAGCUUUAGGUUUAAAUGAUGCUCUUGAUUGGCUUGAAAAAAUUGACGAACACCAGGUGAUUUUGGAGAUGGAUUCUCAAACCAUCGUAAAAGCAAUCAAGGAAAAAGCAACAGUCAGGAAGAAUUGGGGAAGGGUGGUGCGGCGAUGCAUCGGCUUCUUAGGAGAAAACCCUAACGCUGACAUUAGAUGGGUUCCUAGAAGUGCUAAUAGGGCUGCCCAUGAGAUGGCUAAAUGGACCGAACAUGAGCCCAAUAGUGAGUGGAGCAAUUGUGUACCCACAUGCAUUUGGCCUUUUAUCCAAAAAGAUAAAGGUUUUGUAACUCCUGUUUAA